CGGAAAGACAGAAUGUAAAACCCAGGGUUCAAUUGCCACGCGCAAGGUUCAAAAGGCUGAUCGUGAGAAAAUGCGAAGAGAUAGAUUGAAUGAGCAGUUCCAGGAACUUGGAAGCACACUUGACAAGGUCCUAGAAGCAGGUGCAGUGAGCAUGCUGCAGCAGCACCGAUGUCUGGAGUCUGAGGUCUGAUGCUAACUUCUGUGGACAUAUUUAGGGAGCAAAAGCGAGGCACACAAAAGUCCAGCGAGGAGUAGGCUUCGUCAAAAGUGCAUCCAGUUAGUAUUAGGGAAGGAAGGUGGCAUGCAGGAAACCCAAAGCCAUCUAGUGGAGGUGGUCUGCUAGCAGAAUAGGAAAGAUGAGAUGUAUCCAUGUUAUGGCAGUUAGAAUUGAAUUCGUGGGAGGUGCCAUGUGGAUAUAGUUUGGUAGUAUGGUAAAAGGAUGUCUGCUCCUCUAUGUUAGUUCACUCAACAGAAGAAUGAUUGAUAUUUAUAUCCUCCUUGUGCUAUCUUGCAACUUAUCAUCUAAUUAUCUGUUUCUAUUUAUUAAUGUGUCUAUCUGCCUUAUGUGCAACCCUUAUGUCCUUUAUGCUGUCCAUUCAUCAUCUGUGCAGUACUUAAUAUUUAACCAUACAUCCAGUAGCCUUGUUUUCUUUUGCUCUGUUUGAUAGUGCGGUGGCUUUCAAAACUCUUAUUUAUUCAUUUAUUUGUUUAUUUAUUUUUGGAUUGGAUAGUCAGAAUCAUUUGAAUUAGAGCUGUAACAGAAUAAUCUUACUUGCAUUAGUCAAGAUCCCUCUAACUAGAUUCCCACAGCACAACACAGCACAGCAACCACAAACUGGCCAGUUUACAGUCAGCUGCUUUACUGGUUGCACCUACAAUGGACAAAGAUCCAGAUCGACCCAGGAAUGAUAAGGCAACUAUCCUUAGUGAUGCAAUUCAAAUGCUGAAAGAUUUGACGUCCCAGGUGAACAAGCUUAAAGCUGAAUAUACUUCACUCUCAGAAGAAGCACGUGAGUUGACUCAGGAAAAGAAUGAGCUCAGAGAUGAGAAAGUUUCACUGAAGUUUGAGGUUGAUAAUCUGAAUACCCAGUAUCAGCAACGAAUGCGUGUGCUGUACCCUUGGACUGGAAUGGAGCCUUCUGUUGUCAUUGGGCCACCCCUGCCAUAUCCUUUUUCAGUCCCAGUCCCAGUCCCAGUCCCUAUACCUUCAGGUGCUGUUCCUAUGCACCCACAGCUCCAGGCAUACCCUUACUUCCGAAAUCAAACUUCUGGAACCGUCUCCAAUCCAUGCACACCUUACAUGGCAUACACUCAACCCAUCCAUCCUCCUACUGAUCAACUAUCUAACCAAUUCAGUGCUCCAGUUCAGCAUUCAAGUAGUAAUCGAUCUCACUCUAUGGCCCAAGACUCUAGAAGCAAGUCCUCUGCACUGCAGCAAGUAAGUUGUAGAGGGAAACAUGAUGACUUUGAUGACGUUGCAACUGAUCUGGAACUAAAAACUCCUGGUUCCUCAGCCCCUCUACAAUCAGAGAUUGCCAACAAGGAUUCCUCUUCUGACUUGAAAAAAAAGCAGCAGUUCAUACAGGAAACUAAAGGUAGUUCUCUUACAGAAGGCAGUAGUAGUUCAAGCAGAUGCUCGUCCAGUGGUCCUCCAGAUGUCUCUAACAGUAUUGAAGGUGGAUCAGUUGCUGAUGAUCAACGAUCGACAGUACAGACAUAGACUAAUAUAUGACGUAUAGCUAUCUUUUCCGACAUUCCUAGGCCUGCAUGUGUGGUGUAAUCUGCUGGCACAUCAACCUUUGCUGCUUAGCUGUGCCCACUUGAUAUCGGAAUUGACAAAUUAGGAGGCCUAUAGGCAAAGUAGAACUGGUUAGUCGAAGCCAAAGCCAUAUUCCAUGGCUAUGAUUAUGAAUGGUCGGUAGUUACCCACACUCUUCUAUGGCAGUUUGAAAUGCUUUCGGCGACUAGGUAUGCUUGCGACUAACUUCUGCGGUUUGUCAUCUAAGAUAUGCGUCAAGUGCCAACCAGAUCUGUUGAGAUAGUUCUAUCCUGGAGUAGCAUUUUCUACGAAUAUAUGGUAAAUUAACUAGUGAUUAACCAUAGAAUUUAUCAUGGUUCAAUAGUUACCUGGUAGAUCAGCUACAAGUUGUACAUCAUACACUAUAUUACCAUUAAUUGGAAUAUGUUCUUAAGUAUAUUAUUUGACAUGAUUGUCAGUAUCCACAUUUUACUAUAUAUAGGCGGCAUGUUAUUGAAGGUGGUUUGUUUCGUGUGGCAUGUUAUUGAAAGCAAACAAGUAUUCUAGGUCGAGUGUAACAUGCAAAUAUGCCCUUAUUUUGUGAAGGACAUUUUUUUUUGUC